CGUUGCCGCGUGAAGCAGGAAAGGGGCGGAGUUAGUAGUCAGGCAGUGAAAUCAAGGCAGUGGCGUCGCGGUAUUUGUGUAACUUACUGCGGAAAGUUUCCAGCUGAAAUCUUGCGAUAUUCACAAUGAUAUGACAGUUAAAGCAGCCUUUAAGCUUCACUGGCACCUGUAACACCCGAGCGUCUCGCAUCCCUCCGGGCGACAUGGCAACAGUAUCCCGGGGAUGAUGGAUGUGAGUGAUGAGUUUGACAGCGGGAUGGAGGCCACGGAUGACCUCGCCUCGUUUGAGGUGGUCAACCUGUCGAACCCGAGCCUGCUGGAUCUGGGCACAGACGGCGACGGACACGUCCAGGAGUCAAAGGACAGGACCAAACUCAAGACAAAACUCAUUUCGGCAUGGAAUAAUGUCAGAUAUGGAGGCUGGUCUCUGAAGAGCAAGCCGCGUCUCAGUAAGAGCAGCCCUGUGUGUCUGCUGGGACAGUCCUAUCAGCUGAGCUUCAGCGGAGAGCGGGAGAGUUUCCGGCGGGCGUUCUCCUCUCUGCUGUGGAUGACCUACAGGAGAGGUUUCCCGCCGCUGGACGGCUCGGCGCUGACGUCUGACGCGGGAUGGGGCUGCAUGCUCCGCAGCGCACAGAUGCUGUUAGCUCACGGACUAAUGCUGCACAUGAUGCCCGCGGGCUGGACGUGGCCUGCGACGCAUCAUCAGACCAAAGAUGACCUGGAGGUGGUGGACGCUCACGUGCUGGAUGAUUCCCUCAGAGAGAGCCGGCGCGACUCAGGAAAGCAUCGCAGACGCAGUCUGGGAACUGCGCUAGACUGUGGGUCUCACGAGGAGCGGACUCACAGGAGGAUCGUGUCCUGGUUCGGCGAUCUGCCCUCCGCCCCGUUCGGCCUGCACCGGCUGGUGGAGUUGGGCAGGGCCUCUGGGAAGAGGGCGGGUGACUGGUACGGACCGGCCAUCGUGGCCCACAUACUGCAGAAGGCCGUGGCAGCGUCCGAGGUGUCCGAUCUGGCAGUGUACGUGGCGCAGAACUGCACAGUGUAUGUUGGAGACGUGUUAAACCUGUGCGGGACGUCCCAUACGGAUCUCUCAGCGAGGUGCAGGUCUGGCUGGAAGUCGCUGGUUCUGCUGGUGCCUGUGCGUUUGGGCUCUGAUGCGUUGAAUCCGGCUUACACCCGAUGUGUCAAGAGGUUGCUGGAGCUGCGGUGCUGCAUGGGAAUCAUCGGAGGGAAACCCAAACACUCACUGUUUUUCGUGGGAUUCCAGGAUGAUCAGCUGAUCUAUUUGGAUCCUCAUUACUGUCAGGCUGCUGUAGACGUCCAAAAAGACAACUUCCCUUUAGAGUCGUUUCACUGUAAAACUGUCAGGAAGAUGCCGUUUAACCGCAUGGACCCGAGCUGUACGGUGGGUUUUUACGCCGGAAGCAGAGCGGAUUUCCAGGCUCUGUGCUCAGAUGUCACUAAGGCUCUGACAUCAUCCCAGGAGAAGUACCCCAUCUUCACGUUUGUGGAGGGUCACAAUGUGGAGGAGAUGAGCUGUACGUCAGACUCAUUCACUCAUAUAAAGUCCAAAGACAAGCCGGGCCGAAUCAGAAAGAAGAGCUGUUUGGAGGAGUUUGUGCUCUUGUGACGCACAGACUCUGUUUCCUGUUUGGUGCUCCAGUGCUUCCUCCAGUUUCAGUCAUGUGGCAUGUCAAGGAGAGCUGGAGUAUUUUGUGUGUCUAGAACGUGGGUGAAUGUAGGUGCUUUUGCUCUUUGAGUGUUUUUUACAGACCGCUGCUGUUAUUUUCUUGUUUUUCUGUAGUUGUCGUGUGUAAAGGCUCCGUACAGGAGGAUGUGAAGAGUUCGCUGAGCAGGUGGCUAAGCAGAUUACAUGUGUUUGGUGUGAUGCUAAUGACAGCAGACAGUGAGGCUCUCGGACAGACGAGGUGCAGACGUUACUCUUUGACAGGCAAACAUGGGAUUUGGCUGUUGUGAACACUGUGAUUUAGUCUCUGUUUUAUCUGCGUUUUGCUGUUUGUUUAACUACUGUAUAAAUGGAGAGCUUUUAUUUUCAUGUUAAUUUUUCAGAGAUAAAGUAAAACAUUUCACAUCACCUCUUUUUUUUUUUUUUUUUUGUUGUUGGUGUUCUGACACUCAUUUCUACCCAAAUUCUUAUGACAUAUGUUUUCAUGACCAGUACUUUUGAGGUGUUUAUUUUCCUGUGUUCUUGUUAUUCUUAGGGUUAUUCUAGAGUUUUCAUUAGUUUUAGUUUUUUUUUUUUUUUUUUUUUUAUGUAGCAUGAAAGAUAAACAUCUUUGUAGAUUUAUACAGACCAAUUGAACUUCUCUGGUUAAGCAACAAAUCUGUUGUUAACACAAGCAACUACUGACAAUCAAUAUCAAUGAACAAAUACGUAUAACCUGUUUGAUGCAUAUUGUAUUAUUUCACCUAAUGAAAACAGCAUUUAUUCAAUUGAAACUUUAGAAUCUAGUAUGGUAAAUGUAUACAAUAGUGCAGUUAAUGUUUAUAUGGUUGUCAAAGAAUGAAACGCUGCAUUU